GAAAAGCAAUUAAAAUAUGACAAGUGUUAACUCAUUGAUGUAUUAACAUUUGUAAGUGUUAAUUACAAUGAAAUAAUUAUUGAAUCAAAAGUAUUCAUUUUAUUCUUUUAUAUCAAAUUAAUAACUAAUAUUAAGUUCAUUUCAAGACAUUUAAUAAUGUAUAGUUCUCAUAGUGUAAAGUGACAUUUAUUGAACUCAUAAUCUUCAAUUGAACUAAUUAAUGGAGAAUACAAAAAACAGUGCAAAGGUGGACAGGAUGAAAUAGUAGUGAUGCGUUUUAAAGGGAAAAAUGAUUCAAAAUCGUUUCAUAGCGUCUAUAAGAUGCUUUCUCGUAUAUGCCGUGCUGUGGAUAAAGGACAAUUGGAUGGUUUCAUGGCCGAUAAUAGAGUUCAACCACUUAAAAGUGGCCACAAUUCUCAAAGUAUGGGCUUUACAUCUCAAACUAUGAGACAACACAGUGAUGUUCCGACUGAAGUUUAUCCUUUGGAUGAAUACCAGUCGUUAAGAAAAAGCUCUGAUAUUGCCAAUACAGUGUUUGGAUCAGGGCAGUAUGCCUCAAAAGUCUUGAGAAAUCUUAAUGAUCAACGAUUAAAAAAUCAAUUCAGUGAUGUAGGCCUAAUUGCUGGUGAUAGUAUUAUUAGAGCACACAAAUCUGUACUAGCUGCAGGUAGUGCCUAUUUCAAUGCUAUGUUUACGGGUGGCCUUGUUGAAGAACAACAAGAGUUAGUAGAAAUCCACGCAAUUUCGGCAAAUAUUUUAUCUAUGCUGGUUGAUUUCAUUUAUACUGGCAACGUUGAUAUUACACAAGACAAUGUUCAAGAGCUCUUUGCUGCUGCAGAUAUGCUGGAAUUAAAUGAAGUUGUUACGGGUUGUAUUAGCUACUUACAACAGCAGUUGCAUUAUUCCAAUGCUUUAGGAAUUUAUAGAUUCGCAGAAGCACAUAAUCGAUUAGAUCUAAUGGAGACUGCCCUACGCUUUAUCGAAGUCAAUUUUCCUCAAGUUUCACAAGAAGAAGAGUUUUUAGAUCUGCCAAAAGAUUAUAUCGUUCAUUUUCUCAGUAGUGAAUACAUUCAUGUUGAUACUGAAUUUCAGGUCUUCCAAGCUGCCUAUAACUGGAUCACACAUGACAUCACUGCAAGACGAUGUUAUGUUUUUGAAAUUCUCGGUCAUAUCAGACUUCGUUUGUGUUCUUCAACCCGUUUAGAAUCAGUGAUUUUAGAGUGUAAAGAUGCAAGUUUAAUUGUUGCUCUUCGAUCUAUUCAAAAAGACUUAGUAUCGAAUAAAGGAUGCCUUGUACCAUUACGUGCACAGCCGAGAUUGUGUGCAAAGAAAAAUAUUUUAGUGAUUGGAGGGUCAAAACGAGAAUAUACAGCUGAUACUUGGGCACGAGAUGCUGAAAGCACAUAUGACACGAUUGAAAAAUAUGACACAUUUACCGGACAGUGGAGUGAAGUAGCACCUAUUGGGAUAGGUAGAAUAUUACCGGGUGUGGCUCUUCUUGACGGAAAGGUUUAUGUUGUUGGUGGAGAGCUAGAGUCAUGUAUAAUAGCUAAUGGAGAAUGUUAUGAUCCACGAGAUAAUGUUUGGACGUCAAUUGCUUGCAUGAUUGAACCUAGAUGUGAAUUUGGUCUCUGCGAGUUGGAUAAUUGUCUCUACGCUUUUGGUGGAUGGGUUGGAGAAGACAUUGGUGGUACUAUUGAGACUUAUGAUCCUAUUUCUAACACUUGGAGCCUUCAUGGCGAACUUCCUGAGCCACGCUUCAGUAUGGGAGUCGUUGCGUACGAAGGAUUAAUUUAUAUUGUUGGUGGUUGUACGCAUGACAGUCGACAUAGACAGGAUGUUAUGAGUUAUAAUCCUGUAACAAGAGAGUGGAAUUAUCUUGCACCUAUGUUAACUCCACGCUCGCAAAUGGGAAUUACAAUAUUGGAUGGACAUAUUUACGUCGUUGGUGGUAUGAAUAAAAAUCAAGAAGUAUUGACGUCUGUAGAAAAAUAUUCAUUUGAAAAGAACAAGUGGACGGCUGUUGCUCCAAUGAAUAUGGGACGUUCUUAUCCGGCUGUAGCAGCUGCUGACGGUCGUCUUUAUGUGAUUGGUGGUGAUCAAUCGCGAGAAAUUAAUUUUUACCGUACCCAAAUAACUAUCUCUACCGUUGAGAGUUAUGAUCCUGUCUCAAAUAAAUGGAAUGAAUGUGCAUCGCUCCCGACAAGUCGUGGAGAAGCUGCGGCAAUAAUUGCACCUUUCUGAUCUUGAUGUGAUUUUCAUACAUCAAACUAAACAUCAUUGACCAUGCUUCAAUAUAGCGUACUUGAUUGUCUCUUUCUUGCUGUUGUUUAUUCUAUUACUUUUUUGUAAAAAUUCUAAAAUAAUAGAAUGAAUGACGAUGAUUGAAUCAUUCCUAUUUGUGAUAAUUCAAUGAAGAUUUAUAAAUUUUUAAUCUAAAUGUGUGAGAUUUACAGAUUUACUAGAAAUCUAUCAAAUAUACUCUCUAAUUAUUGUAGUCAUUCAAUGACUACAAAAUUUUUUUAAUAUUAAUCAUGAAUCAAUGGCCUUUAUUGAUCUGUUUUUUUUAAAUAAAGAAUUAUUAUUAUUAUUACUGUUCAUAAUAACAAUAACAAUUAUUAAAUCAUAUCCUUGAUCGUUGUAAGUAUUAUGUCACUAUCAAUUAUUUAACUGUGAAAAAUUAUUUAGGUAACUUAUCCAUCCAAAGAAAAACAUGAUGCCGAUUCUGGAGUUUAUGCGCUAUUGUACAGCAUCAUUACAACGCAACUAAUGGAAUUGCACUUGUAAAUGCUCAUUGAUACUCUAAAUAAUUUAGGUCAAAUCACAUUAGAAUUUUUUCUUAAAUUUUAAAAUUGAAUUAAAAAUAUUGGACAGUUUAAAAAUAUGAUGAAAACCGGCAAAUAGCUUUGCAAAUAACUCAGGCAAUCUUCAAAAUAAUAAAUCGAAUUGUAUUAUAAAUAAAUUAUGUUAUAUGUAUUAUACAGGGCUAUGGACGUUUUACACUACAAUACAAGCCACUAAAUUUAACGAUAAAUAAAUAAUUUUUCCAAAAUGCAUAUUAAAUAAAA